CAGCCUCCGCUCCGGCUCGCCGCGCCUCCCGCCAUGAGGCCGCUGUUCUACCGCUGCUGCAACACCACGUGGGUGGAGAAGGGAAACUCAGCGACGAUGGGCGGGGUGCUCUUCAGCACGGGCCUCCUGGGCAACCUGCUAGCCCUGGGGCUGCUGGCGCGCUCGGGGCUGCGGUCGUGCCCGCGGCGCUUGCCGCGCCCGCCGCCCUCCGUCUUCUACGUGCUGGUGUGCGGCCUGACGGUCACCGACCUGCUGGGCAAGUCCCUGGUGAGCCCCUUCGUGCUGUACGCCUACGCGCAGAACCGGAGCCUGAGGGGCCUGGUGCCCGCAUCCGGCAGCUCGCUGUGCCAAGCCUUCGCCUUCUUCAUGGCCUUCUUCGGGCUUGCCUCGACGCUGCAGCUGCUGGCCAUGGCCCUGGAGUGCUGGCUCUCCCUGGGGCAUCCCUUCUUCUACCGACGGCACAUCACGCCGCGCCGGGGCGCACUGGUGGCGCCUGUCGUGGGCGCCUUCUGCCUCGCUUUCUGCUCGCUGCCCUUCGCGGGCUUCGGGAAGUUCGUGCAGUACUGCCCCGGCACCUGGUGCUUCAUCCAAAUGGUCCACGAGGGGCGCUCGCUGUCGGUGCUGAGCUACUCAGUGCUCUACGCCAGCCUCAUGCUGCUGCUGGUCCUCGCCAUCGUGCUGUGCAACCUGAGCGCCAUGCGCAACCUCUACGCGAUGCACCGGCGGCUGCGGCGGCUCCCGCGCUCUGGCCCCAGGGAACAAGCGGAGCUGGCCGCCGGCGAGAGGGAAGAGACCCCGCCGCCCCUGGAGGAGCUGGAUCACCUCCUGCUGUUAGCCCUCAUGACUGUGCUCUUCACCAUGUGCUCCCUGCCUUUAAUUUAUCGUGCUUACUAUGGAGCGUUUAAAGCUGUUCACGAGAAAAAUGGAACUGCUGAAGAAAUUGAAGACCUCCGAGCCUUACGCUUUCUCUCUGUGAUCUCCAUUGUGGACCCUUGGCUUUUCAUCAUUUUCAGAACAUCGGUAUUUCGGAUGUUUUUUCACAAGAUUUUCAUAAGGCCUCUUAUGUAUAGAAACUGGCAAAGCAAUUCUUGCGGAACUAACAUGGAAUCCAGCCUGUGACAGUGUGUUAACCUCUCUGGUAAACUCAGCAAUAUAUCACAUUUUCUGGCAAAGAACCAUGAUCAAAAAAAUCUUACAAGUUAUAUCCUUAAAAGCUAUGUCCCAUAACAAAACAUCUAAAUGUAUUUUCAAAACUAUUCGAUCGAUCUUAAUAAUGUGUUGUCACUCUGUGUUCAUGAACCGGUUCAGUGGGGUUUUUCAUUUUGAGUAUAAUAGCAACUACAGUUUCAUAUAUUGUAAACAAUGUUAAAAGUCUUAAAGCAAUGAUGGUAAUUGUUCCAAUGUUUGUACUUGGUGUCCCUAAUUUUUAAAGGCAGUCUUGAGACCUCUGGGUCUUUAUUUAAAUUCAGUAGAAACAACACAGUUUACAAUUAUGUGAUAGGUGUUCUUAAAUUUUCUUACCCUCUUUAUUUCUAGUGGAAGCUGAUUUGUUUAUUUUGCAUCACAAUUGCCCCUGUUUAAUUCUUUCCUUUGCCAACUGAUACAAGUAUAGCCUGAAUUAUAGAUGCUCCUCUGAAAAGGGUGGUAGAAAAUAUAACUAGGUGAGGUGUUUGGAGGGUCCUUCCCCAGCCACCCGCUGGGAAAACGCUCACCACCUUGUGUGAAGAGGCGAAGCUGUAAAUAAGUAAACGAAAGGCAAGAUGUGACUAUGGUCUACACCCUAGAGAAGAAAAAAUUCUCUUUACCCUUUGAAGUCCAGUUUCUUGUGUGUUGAGGUAGGGGUGUCAGUAGGCAUGAAAAUUUGGAGUGGGCUACAAAAUGUUGUUUCAGUUUUUGGAACCUCCAUCUUGUAGGUUUAUCAAAAUAAUGGAUUCUUUGGUGGGGAGGGAUUUAUGGUCUUUGGAAGACAGGGAUGUAUGACUUCCCAGAGAGCAUGUUUACUAAACAUGGCUGUGUCACAGCCGGGCAUUCAGCACAGGGACAAGCUCACCCGGGACUCAGUCAGCUGAGAGCAGUGGCAAUGACCUUAACAUCUACAUGUUAAAGCCAUAUCCUGCCCUUGGUGGAGACAGUAAGACCUUAUUGAGGUUCCUGAGAGAUAUGCUUUCAAUCUGGAGCAGAAUAUAGCUCAGAUGGAGCACCACCAAGCACUUUAAUUGUACAUAAUGUUUACAAAGGUUAGCAACACUAUGACCAAAAGGGAAAAGUGGGGAAAAUACAGCUGCAGCUGUUAAACUAAGCAAGAGACUGUAGACCCAGCCUGCAGGGAAGAACUUUCACCUUGGGUAAAAGAUGGAAGUUUUUUCAUGGGGGCGUCAGAGGGGUUUCAGCAUCUGUGGGGUACCUGACACACUCAGACUCUGAGCUGGAGAGCCGGCUACAUCUGAAGAGCCUGAGACCCCCAUUCAGCCAUCCCUUCCAAAGAUCAGAGUAUUUGCCUUAUUUUCAGCUUAGCAGCAGCCCCAUUUUUUCACCUCUGGUUUAUCGCAGAGGUGGUAUUAACCUGGAAAUAUGUGUGUAAUUUUUGUGUGUAGCAAAACUGUGAAAUGGCCAAAUUAGGAAUACAGGAAUUAUAAUCUGAGACUAUGAUGUGAUGAAAAAUGCACUUCUUUUCAAGUUUAACUCUCGUUUGUAUAUUUAAUUUGUAAGUACCUGUAUGUGUUUCAUUGUCAGAGGAAGUGCAUCUGUUUCAUGCUCUCCUUUUGGAAGGUGUGUUAUGAUCAUUGUCAAGAUCAUUUGAAAAGU